CUUGCUCCGCACCUACAACAUGAGACGUUGUAUACGAAAUUUGCAACUUUGGACCACGAACCAGAAUUUUGAACAUGGGUGACACCUUGGCGCUACUCGAGGCAGUAUAUUGCCCACCUCUCGACCCUGCACUGUUAUCCGCCAUCUUGUCCGACUACGAUUUGGAGAACGAAGAUCAGUUGCGAGAAGCAAGAGGGGCCCUGGACCAGUUGAAAGAGUCGGCAGAAUUGGAAGAACAUGCCGGAUUUGAUGCUUCUGGAACCGGUGGACGCGACAACGAGGUCCGACAUGGCAGCAGCAGCAGACCAGAAUCCUGUCCAGAAGAGACCAACACGACAGUAUCCAGGGAAACAGACCUGACGAAUUUAUCAGCGGAAUGGCAGUCUUUGAAUUUGAACAGCACCUCUGCUGAGGUUCCGUCUGGGAACGGCGACAUCGCUGAAGAGCUGGAGAAUCUCAAUGAGGAUGCAAAGAUCGCGCUCCUGGAACAGAUCAUGGGUCAACAACUCAGCCGAUAUACCGUGCAACAUACUCUGCGCAAGUGCAAGGGCAAUUGGCACAAGGCUAUGGAUGAGCUCCUAAGCCAGGUCUAUAUGCACGAGGCGGAGAAUAGCGAUGGCGACGGAAAGUUGGCGGUGAAGAGCAUAGACGCAUUUUCGGAAGAGAACACUAGUCGAAGGGGGCGCAAAGGCAAAGGAAAGAAAAAGGGCGCAAAGCUGAAUGACAGUGGGCGGUCGAGCUCGCUUCCUACUAGUCCUGUCGAGUCUGAGCCUACAGUGGCCAACGCCUGGCAAGGAGCGGGUCGCGAUAUCGAAUUUAUCGCCAGCCGCACUGGGGAGCCAUCCAAGACUGUCGCGACUAUAUACUACAAUAGUGGCGCGUCUCGUGCGAAGACGAUUGGCAGUAUCCUGAAGAAUCACAUUUCCGAGGGCACAAUCGCCUUGGCCGAAGACCCCAUUAAGGCUGUGACAGCACAUGAUCUUGGCCAGGAUUUCCCAUCCAUAGACUCGCAGUAUGUGGCAAGCUUGAUCAAUUUGACCUACCCUUCCACGGCGGCCGCGCGCGAACUAGCGGAGGCCUUGACGACUCGCCCGAGUAUCGAAGGUGGGAUUGAGAUUAUACCCACUUAUGUUCGACCCAACAUAGAAGAGGCGGACGCGUUCAGUCCGGUGGCUGGCAGAAACAAACCGGCCUCCGGUCACGCCUACAGCUCAAACGUUUCGGAUGCUAGAGAGCGUGCGUCGAACUAUGCAGCCGCUAGAAGUGCUGCACUAGCUCAGGCAUACGCUGCUCAUCGCAAAGCCAAGUCCGAUCGACUCAUGGGCGGGGUGGCAGGAUACUAUGGCCAAGUGAGUCGCGACUAUUACGCUUUGUCUUCUGCAGCCUCAGCCGCAGCGGCGGAUGAAAUGGCCGCAUCUCAGUCCAGUGCCAGCGAGGUCGACCUUCACGGCAUCGAUGUCCUUAACGCGGUCAGGAUUGCACGAGAAAGAGUUGAGCAAUGGUGGGAGGGAUUGGGAGAGAACCGCGCGAAUGGCCGUAUCGGGGCGAAUCAGAGACAGGCGGGAUAUAAGAUCGUGGUAGGUCUUGGUCGGCAUAGCGAAGGCGGACGCAGUAAGCUUGGUCCUGCAGUGAGGAAGAUGUUGACGGAGCAAGGAUGGAAGAAUGAGCUCAACGGAGCCGUGAUCACUGUGCAAGGACGGGCAAGAAAAUAACAUGGUCUGCUCUUCGCAUGCACGCACACACGCAGUGUGACUUGAC